CUAAAACCUUGGUAAGCUUGGGCGUGCUUGGGAAACCUACCAGUAACAGACGUCCUUAUUCGUGUUGCCCAUCUGAAGACGGUGGCAUUUCUUGCUCCUAGUAUCGAAUCUACAACACGCAGCUACAGGAUAACAAUAGCAUCAUGCCGCCGGUUGCAACAGAAAUCGCGCAGUUCAAUCUUAUUCUCGGACAAGACCCCAGGAAUCCUGGCUCGUCGGCUGCUCAGUUCCUCCAGAAGGUUUUCGACAUAGUGAAGCAACGGGAAGGGUUUAUUCGUGGCUACUGGGGCAUCCAGGAUCAAAAUCCAGGGAUCCUCGUCGUGAUUGUUGACUGGGAGGACAUCAAACAUCACCAAGACCUGGUCAACAGCGAGGAUUUCGCAGCUAUGACCGAGAACUUAGUCAAUCUGGUGACCUUUGAGAACGGACCGCCUGUUGUUACACACGUAAAUUUUACUUCCGACGCAGCGAGUGCCUGUCAAUCAUCUGUUACUGCAGUGAAAUCAUUCAGGUUACCCGAGGAUGCAAGCGAGAAGCAGAAAUCGGCAUUGGAGGAUUCGUUCCUUAGCCUCGUCAAAGUCUACACGACUGAGACUCCCUGUAGCGGAUAUGCAUGUGGUUGGGUCCUGGAAACACUUCCAGAUGACAACGCUCCUGGGGACGAGGCGCUUACCUUCACUGGCAUCUUUGGCUGGCCGGCAAAGGAGGGUCCUGAAAGUUCGAGAGACAACUCUGGCGACCCUGCACUUGUCGCAGCGGUGGAGCAGAUCUUAAGACUUGCUCUCCCUCAGAAGAAGGGAGACGCCUUCGACGUCAGCCUGCGCAGUUUUGGAUAGACAAUAGGGACUAUACUUGUACCUCGG